ACAGCAAGUGAUUGAGGAGAAAUAUACAGAGAGUAGCCAGACGCGCGAGGCCUUCUUUGGGACUCUCUCUUCCCAUGAUGGCCCAAUACAAUAUAUAAAGAGACUGCCAACAUGUGGAGAGAGAGAGAGCGCAUGGUAGCUAUCAUUUCUUUGUACAGACUACUUUCUUCGUUCAAAACCUUGGGAUUGAAGGGAGGGGAGAGCUUCAUCAUCAUGGCAUAUAUAUCGUAACCAUACAUAUAUAUAUUUUUAUCAUCCUGUAUUUAAAACUCACGACAGUUUAGAGAGAGAGAGAGAAAGAGUUGAUAUUAAUCAGCAGUAUUUGUGCUCAUCGUGUAAAGAUUUCAGAAAAGCUUUGACUGGAAAGAAGAAAUCAAGAGAGAGGGCUGGGGUGUGAUAUGAUAUAAGGGCAUAUUGAUUCAUUUCAUGGUGUGUUUCCUUUCUUUUCAAGGCUGCUUUAUGAUGAGACAUUGAAAGAGUAAAGAGAGGAGUUUCAAAAAAGGUGCUAAAAGCAAACAAGGGAGGUAUAUGGCUGUCACCUGAGCAACUGUAGAGAGAGAAGAGAGCCUUGCUUUGUUAGCUAAAAAAUCUUUUUUCUUUUUCUGUUUUUUUAAAUUAUUAAUCUUGGGAUUUUCAAGUGUUUUAAAAAAAAAUUAUCACCUCAUUAUGGAGUCUGCAAACAGCCAUCAUCACCUCCAAGAUCAACUCGUUGGCUCUUCUGCUUCUUCUUUACCUAACUAUGGCGUAGGUUUCACUACGACUCAUGCUUGGCCUCCUUCUUCCUUCUUGAACUUUAAUUGCUUGAGCUCGAACAGUAGUGAAAGAAAGCAGCAGGAAAAUCCAUCGAUGGCGCCAGACAUGGGGUUCAAUAAUUGGGGUUCGGAGCAAGAAGUGCAGCAUGAGUGUAGGAUUAAGGAAGAGUUGGCCGACCAUUACUACCACAAGUAUUCGGAGAUACUAAGCAGCAGCAGCGACGAGCUAAACCUAAGAAACGAGCAGCAGGGUUCUGAUCUGCAACCAAACGACGUCGCAACCAAGUUCCUGCUCAAGUCCUUGUCCUCCUAUGGGAAGAUUAAUAAUGCGCCCGAUUUCUACUCUAAUAAUAAUAAUACUAAUACGAGGCAGAUUUUUCCGGAAUAUUCGAGCUUCAAUAUUCCGCCGCCGGGAUCUUUGGAUAUGAAUUUGGAGGCCUUGGAUCUCCUCGUCUCUUCCAGAUUUACUGGGAAUUUUCUUGCUUCUUCGCACGGUCAAAUUGGGAUUUUGAGAGAUGAGUUUUCUACUUAUGGUUUGGAUCAGAUGCACCAAUCACAUCAGAUCCCAUUUUAUGGCUCUAAUAAGGUGUCAUCAGCUUCAAGCAAUGCAGUAACAGAAGCAAAACGUAAGAGCAACAAAAUGGAGCCAAAGUCGCAAAUUCAAAAAGCGCCUAAAAAAUCGCGGUUAGAAGCGCGAUCUUCUUGCCCUCCCUUUAAGGUGAGAAAAGAGAAAUUGGGAGAUAGAAUUGCAGCACUUCAACAGUUGGUAGCACCUUUUGGCAAGACAGACACAGCAUCGGUACUAAUGGAGGCCAUUGGAUACAUCAAAUUCCUACAGACCCAAGUAGAGACUUUAAGCGUUCCUUAUAUGAAGGCAUCACGGAACAAGACCAAUAGAGUAACAAAGGGGGGUCCGGUUGAGAUUGAAAAUGAAGAGGCAAAGGGUGACCUGAAAAGCCGAGGGUUGUGUUUGGUCCCAUUAUCGUGCUUGUCUUACAUAACCGACGGCGGCGGCCCAGCCGUUUGGCCACCGCCUCACUUUGGUGGCGCCACCUAGUGAAUUGAAUGUCUAGAAGAAGCCUUCAAUUUGUAUGAUUUUGAUGACUCUAUUUAACUUAGCUUUCGAGAAUAUCCCCAUGCUUAAUUUGAUAUGAUGGAGCAAACUUGGUCAUCCUCCAAAAGGAGAAAAAUGGAAAGAUUUUGGGAUGGACCAAGUUUGAUCCAUUAGUAGUCUUAAGUGUGAUUCAAUUACUAGUCUAAGUUAAUUACAUUGUCUGUGUAAUUAACUAAUUCGACGAUUAUGUUUUAGUAUCAUUUAAUUCAUAUAUCUAUAAACUCAAAACAUAAAAAUAGCGUAAUUUGGUAUUCAAGUACAUCCCAAAUUACACUUUUAUUCUA